CGCAGAGCGCCCCGAUGGUGGCUGCCAGGAGGUAGCAGCGAGCAGAUGGCAGGGCGGGCCAAGCCGACAAUCCCCCUAAUCCCAUCAGGGCAGUGGGGGCCAAGCGGAGCCGAGCCAGGCCAUGGCGGGCACACGGGCACACAGCCGUCUCCUGCACUCGCUGCUCUGCCAGCUGUGCUGCGGCUGUGGCUGCAGCUCCUGCCAUGGGCUCCGUGUGUCCACAAGCACCCGCAUCCUCUACACUCUCCUGCAUGUCCUGGCCUCUGCCGUGUGCUGCCUCAUGCUGUCCCGCACCGUGGCCCAGGCCGUCAGGGAGAAGGUGCCCUUCUCAGUGGUGCUGUGCGAACACCUGCCUGGGGGCACAGACUGUGAGCAGCUGGUGGGCUCCUCGGCUGUGUACCGGGUCUGCUUCGGCACCGCCUGCUUCCACCUGGCACAGGCCGCCCUGCUCCUCAACGUGCGCUCCAGCACCGACUGCCGUGCUCAGCUCCACAACGGGUUCUGGCUCCUGAAGCUGCUGGUGCUGGUGGGGCUCUGGGCCGCCAGCUUCUUCAUCCCUGAGGACAGCUUCAUCCGAGCCUGGCACUACACGGGCGUCUGUGGGGGCUUCGCUUUCAUCCUCAUCCAGCUGGUGCUGAUCACUGCCUUCGCGCACACCUGGAACAAGAACUGGCUGACGGGUGCUGCGCAGGACAAGCGCUGGUACCUGGCCGUGCUGCUGGCCACGGCCGCUUUCUACACCCUCGCCUCUGCCGCCUUCUCCUUCCUCUACAAGUACUACACCCACCCGGCCGCCUGCCACCUCAACAAGGCACUGCUCACCGUCAACGGCAGCCUCUGCGGCAUCAUGUCCUUCAUCUCCAUCACGCCCUGCGUGCGGCUCAAGCAGCCGCGGUCGGGGCUGUUGCAGUCCUCAAUCAUCAGCUGCUACGUGAUGUACCUCACCUUCUCUGCACUGUCCAGCCGUCCCCCAGAGAGAGUGCUCUACAAGGGGCAGAACCUCACCGUCUGCUUCCCGGGCAUCCGGCAGGACGAGCUGCAGACAGAGGACACCACCGUCGCUGUCCUGGGGGCUGCCAUCAUGUACGCCUGCGUGCUCUUCGCAUGUAAUGAAGCCUCCUACCUUGCUGAGGUCUUCGGGCCCCUCUGGAUGGUCAAAGUCUACAGCUUUGAGUUUAGAAAACCCUCCUGUUGCUUCUGCUGCCCAGAGAAGAUGGAGGAGGAGCUCAGAGGUGGGUGCUGGGUGGGUGGGCAGAGCCUGCCCUCGAGUGCCUGUGUCCCAGCCCAGGGGGUGCUGGCAAGGAGGGGGUGCUGGCAAGGAGGGGGUGCUGGCAAGGAGGGGGUGCAGGAGCCGCUGUGCCCCUGUGCUCUCCCAGGCACUGAGCCAACGUGCAAGCAAGUGGAGGAGACCACCAGGGGACAGUGCAUCAUCCAGGAUGAGCGAGACCGGGUGGUCUACAGCUACUCAGCCUUCCACUUUGUGUUCUUCCUCGCCUCGCUCUACGUCAUGAUGACCCUCACCAACUGGUUCAGCUACGAGAAUGCAGUGCUGGAGACCACCUUCACACACGGCAGCUGGUCGACCUUCUGGGUGAAGAUGUCCUCGUGCUGGGCCUGCGUCCUGCUCUACCUGUGGCUGCUGCUUAGCCCCUUCUGCCUCCACGGCUCCCCCCAGCACCAGCGCAGCAGCCCGGCCCUGCGCAUCAUGCGGCGACGACGCGCCCAGCAGCGCAUCAGCGUCUCCACGUAGUCCCUGCUGGGACAGACUGUGCCCAGCCGCUCACAUGGCAGCAGCAGGGGCUGGUGCCUGCCAUGCCCUGUGCCUGUGCCCUGGCCCCGCUGGGUUCCACUGGGCAUCCUGACCCCCAUCCCAGGAGACAGCGGCAUCUGAGAGCCUGAGGGGGACCCAGGAGGUGGGCGCUGACAGGGACACCGGUCCUGCGCUGAGC